GCAACAACCCGCAAAAAUGUUACGACCAACCCUUGUCUCCACUCUCCGUCUCAAUGCCAUCACAACCACAAACAAACGCGCCUUCUCCCUCCUGAACCCCAAAUCGCGCUCUCACACAAACCGCGUCUUUGACCCUGUCCGCCAACCAAACGAUCUCCACACACUCACUCUCCUCAACGCUGCUGACAACCGCUCGCUUAUAACCUUAUGGACCGCAUCCUGGUGUCAGACGUGUCAAGCAAUCAAGCCGCUUAUAAAACAGCUUGUCGAAGAAGAGAAGAUUGGGGAGCGCGAAGGCGGGCUAGGCUUCGUGGAAGUGAUGAUGGAUAGUACUUUGAUUGAAGAUCUACCUAUCAAAUACCGCAUCAGCAGUAUGCCGAUAUUGUUGGCGUUUUCGCGACAAGAGGCGCAGUUUGAUACCAGGUUGACGCGGCCUGAGGAGAUGCGUAAUAAGGACUUUUUGAGGGAGUGGCUGGUCAGGGAGGCACAGAGGGGAGGCAGGAUGGGUGGAGGUGGGGGGAGCAUGUUUGGUUAGUCAUACGUGUUCUGUGAGGACUCUCGGAUGAAAAGUUGGGCCUGACGGUGCUCAGGUACGAAGGAGGACGGAAACGAAGGCAAAGAGGGUGAAGAAAAAUGAAGCGAAAGCGCGGGACAUGAGAGGGCGGGAUGCAUAGUAUGUUCAAUACCAAUAGUAAGAAACUAAUCACGACAUU